AUGGCACAGUUAGGCAUUGCAAGAUUUUUCAAGAAAACGUCCAGAGAUGAUGCUUCGGUGGGUGAUCCCAGAGCAUGCACGCCGGCCAAGAAACCUCGUAAAUCACCACCUGAAAAAGGUAGUGAGUACAAAAUGACAACUACCAAAAUUGAAACUUGGAAAAAGAAGUAUUGUUUUUGGGAAACACCUUCAGGCAAACCAUUAGCAGAAGAUCCACAAAAAAAGAAAAAGUGCUGGAUAGAAUUUGAUCUGGAGAAAGCUGAAUUCACUUGCUUUGUUUGCCGUCAGUAUCCGUCUUUGGCCAAUAAUGAAAAUUCUGUAACAAAAGGCAGCAAAUUGUGGCACGUUAAUGUUGUCAAUCGCCACGAAACUGAUCCAAAACAUGACAAGUGUUUGAAAAAGUAUCUUCGAGAGCUGUUCUCCGAACAUCCGUCAGAUCUUGAAAAAUCUGUUCUCAUUGCAAAGAAGCGACUUUCUUUAAACAAGCAACUCCAGCUUUCGGCGUUAUUUAACACCUCAUACUAUAUAGCCAAAGAGGGUCUUUCAUUUCGGAAAUUUCCAAGUUUGUGCAAGUUGCAAUCCAAAAACGGUAUAAAACUUGGUGAAAACUAUUUGACCGACAAGUCCUGCCGAAUGUUUGUUGGAGUCAAUGCCAGAUACUUGCACCAGUCUUUAGCUGACAAUGUCAACAAGGUUCGAUCCGUACUCUGUGAUGGUUCAACGGAUGUUUCCAUAGUAGAACAGGAGGCUGUGUAUCUUCGGUAUGUGAAGAAUGGUUACCCCAAGACAAAAUUUGUGGGGAUAGAGAAUCCCGUAAGACCAAAUGCAGCAAAUAUCACUGAGUCUAUUGAGAACGCCCUGUCCACUUUCGCAACACCACAGUCGGAGGAUACCGAAGAAAAUUACAUUAACGGUGUUUACAAAAAGAUCAUUAACGCUAACUUUGACGGCGCUUCAGUUAUGUCCGGCCAUGUUAGUGGUGUUCGUGCGCGUAUGGCGGAAAAGCAACCGGGACUAGUUUUCACCCACUGUGUGGCUCAUAGGCUCGAGCUUGCUGUGUUAGAUGCCAUAAAGUCUGAGGAGUAUCUUCAAAAAUUUUCCGAUUUAAUUAAUGAUAUCUUUCAGUUUUAUUAUCAAUCACCUGUGAGACGACGGCAAUUCAAAGAUUUGGCCGAAGUUUUAGAAGAGUUUUAG